UGGUCGAAAGAGCUCUUUUAUCGAGUGGUCUGGCCGUGCGCCAUCGAGGAAGAUUUCUUCAUGGCCUCCAUAGCAACACCGUCAUACCAUUCAACAAAAGAGACAACUAAUUACGCCCGGUUAUGCAGGCUUCUGGUGGAUGCUGGCUCAGAUGCCUUAAGAGACGCCUUUGAUAAGAGCCGACCAACAGGAGACCUGAACUCAGUUUUGUCAAGUCCUCCAGUUCAUGCAGUUUUACAAUCACUUCGAAAGAAAAGAAUUCUUAAUCCUUCUCAAUGGGGAAAACUAUAUCCUGCCAUCAAAUCUGCAGUUUCAUCAAAGAAUUUCGAUAUCACUCUACUGAUGGUUUUGCUGAGGAAUAUAUGCGGUCUUGUUCGUCCAGCUACCGGCUGGGAUACACUUCCUCCUGCAACAGACACAACCCUUGAGGCAGAUGUCGUUCGCAUUAAGUGCUACAGAAACACAGUUUAUGGUCAUGUCAGCCAGGCCUCAGUUGAUGAUCCAACAUUCAAUCAAUACUGGCAGGACAUCCAAGGCGCGUUGGUGAGACUGGGAGGAGCUAGUUACCAAAGUGCCAUUGAUGAUUUGAAAAAGGAAUGCAUAGACCCUGAUUUCGAAGAACACUACAGAGAGCUUCUUAAACAGUGGGUGAUGGAUGAAGUCAGCGUCAAGGAAAGAUUAGAUGAAAUAGAAGAAAAGUUGUCUCGCAAGCUGGAUGAUUGGAAAGAAUCCAUAGAAAAUCCAGAAAAGAAAACAGGAGUUGGAGCUGUAGCGGCAUACACAAACGCACUGAAAGCAUCAGUAAAAAGCCGAACUGAGUUUCAUACCUUACCUUCCCCCACCAUGAAGAAGGCCAGAACAGAUGACAUAUACACAAGUCUUCUCAUACAACACGGAAGAAAGCCAAUUGAAGACCAAGAUAUGAAAAGGAAAGAACGCUUACGCCAGUACGGUCGAGUGAGUGGAGAGCCCGUUAAACAUAAUCAAGAAAUUUUCAUUUGUGAUACCGAUCGUAACGUGGUAAAAAUACCAAGGUCUGUCUUAGUUACUGGGAAGGCAGGGAUUGGUAAAACGCUGUUUUUCCAAAAGUUUAUUCGAGAUUGGGCCAACAACAUGUUGUUUGAAACACAAGCAAACUUGCAGCUGCCGGAUUUGAAGUUCGCAUAUUUGCUGACUUUCCGCCAGUUGAAUUCACUUGGAGAUGACCGUGUUACUUUGAGGGAUAUCUUAAACAGAUCUUCAGUCCUGGAUGAACACUCAAAUAUCGAAGACUCUGUAUUUGAGUACAUUCUUGAUCAUUCAGAAGAAGUUUUGAUCCUCAUUGACGGUUAUGAUGAGUAUUCGAAGAGAAAUUUCAUCGAGAGUGAUUGGGAUGACCGUUACCCGAAUAGCGCUCAUGAGGAAAUGCCAGUAGCAGCCCUGUGUGCCAAGCUGAUCAAAGGAAAACUCUUGAGAGAUUCCGUUGUCAUGAUAACUUCAAGGCCCGAUGAAUCUGAUGAAAUGACAAGUAGAAUUGGCUUUGAUCGGUACGUUGAAAUUACAGGAUUUACCGAAGAACAGGUGAAGAAAUACGUAGAGAAGUAUUUCAACGAAAAGGAAGUCAUGAAGAAUGCUGUAAUGGAUCACAUUACAAAGAAUGACAAUCUUGUCAGCUUCGCCCACAUUCCAGUUGUCUGUUUUUUGAUGUGCUCUUAUUUUGAAUACCUCCUAAAUGAACCAGUAAACACUGACGUCCUCCCGGUCAACUCAAGUGAAAUCUAUUUUGAGGUUGUGAACAUGUUUCUAGGAAAACAUGAUAAGGAGUCCGCAGUCUCUUCCGAAGAUACUCUGGACAAAAUGUCAGAGUUUGCGGCUCAUUUGCUUCAGGAGAGGAAGUUUAUUUUCGCUUUAAAAGAUAUGAAAAGGUUUACUUUAGAAGAAGUUAAAAGCCUAAGAGCGAACGGUCUUCUUCACUGCGGUCCUCCUUUCAGAAAAUCUUACACUGAAACGACGAAAUAUUUUUGUUUCACGCAUUUCACUCUCCAAGAGUAUUUGGCAGCUCGUUGGUUUGUGAAGAGAAAACAGAUCCCCUCACACAGAGACAAUGUGUCAGAAAUGAUAUUUCAGUUUAUGUCUGGUAUUUUAUCAAAGCAAAAGGACGAAUUCUUUAUGAGAGCGUUACUUGAAAGACUCGAUUGGAUGUACAGCAUUAGGGUUGGAGUACUGCCAAAACUGCCAAAACUGCUAAAACUGCAGUGCAUCAUGGAGUACCAAGAGAAGAAUUUCGCCCAAAGAAUUGUAAAGGAACGUUUCCAUCAAUUUUGUGAUCGUGAUGGAGUUAUUGAAUUUGAAAAGUUGGCCGGUGCGGAUUGCACUGCUGUAGCGUUUUUGUUAGAUGUCAUUAGGACAUUGAAUGCAGAUAAAAUCACUGGGGAGAAACAAGGACCCCUUCAACAGUCAUCUGUGGCGCUGGCUAAAACAUUGACGCUCUGGAAAUGUCAUCUUUCAGAGACUGGGUUAAGAGUAAUCUACAAGGCGUUGGAGAAAAAGCACAGCCCUGUUACCGAACUGUACCUGUAUGACUGUGUAUUGCAGGAAAAAUGUGUUCAUCUACUUGGGGAAUCGUUGCUAGUAUCUAAAUUAAAUGAACUGGGUCUGGUAGAAGCGCUGAUCACCGAUGCCGAUGUUGUCAGUCUAUGUCAAGCAUUGAAGACACCAACAUGUAAAGUCGCCACACUGAAUCUGUUUCGUAAUCAGAUCACCGAUGUCGGUGUUGCCAGUAUAUGUCAACCACUACAGACACCAACAUGCAAAGUCACCACACUGAAUCUCGGUCUUAAUCAGAUCACCGAUGCCGGUGUUGCCAGUCUAUGUCAAGCAUUACAGACACCGACAUGUAAAGUCACCACACUUGACCUGUGUCAGAAUCAGAUCACCGAUGUUGGUGUUGUCAGUCUAUGUCAAGCAUUACAGACACCAACAUGUAAAGUCACCACACUUGACCUGUGUCAUAAUCAGAUCACCGAUGCUGGUAUUGUCAGUCUAUGUCAAGCAUUGCAGACACCAACGUGUAAACUCACCACACUACAAUUAAGUCAUAAUCGGAUCACCGAUGCCGGUGUUGUCAGUCUAUGUCAAGUAUUACAAACACCAACAUGUAAACUAACCAAACUUGAUCUGGGUUAUAAUCAGAUCACCGCUGCUGGUGUUAACAAUCUUUUCCAAGCAUUUCAGACACCAACAUGUAAAGUAACGAAAUUACGUCCAGGUCAUAAUCAUUUCAUUCGUGAGAGCCAAUCAUGGAUUACUGAUGUUCAACUAGACAGUCGUUGAAAUUCUUGAACAGUGGAAACAAUGAUUCAAAUUGUUUGUUAAAUUUAGGAACGUUUGAAGACAGUUUAUCUGGAACGAGUCAUUUGUGCAACUCUUUCCCGCUCCUUACU